CAUUGGCGAUGCGAUAGUCCCCCUCCACCUCCACCACCGCCCGCCCCCCGGCCCCUCGGGGUCGCCGCCGUCGCCGCUGCCCCUUCUUCCUCGCCGGGGCAUCGCGCGCCGCUGUCUCCGCCCCGCCCCCGCCGGAAAGUUCGAGUCUUUGGCUGGCCGGCCGGCCGGCCGUCCGCCCGCCCCCUCUGACUGAUUGAUUGAGAUCCGCGCCCGGAGCCGCGGAAUCGCGCAUGAUCUAGCAAUGGAGCCGUCGGAUCUGAACACGCACCUGCCGCCGCGGAAGCGGCUGCUGGCGGGGCUCCGGACGGCGGCCGCGGCCUCCCCCUGCGACGCCGCCGAGCCCGACCCCGCGCCCGUGCCGCCCCUGCUCCUCCCCGACGGCCUCGCGGCCCGCCUCCGCGCCAUGCCGCCGGCCAGCACGCAGCAGGAGAUCAUCCAGGCCGCCCAGCGCGCGGCCGACGCUGCCGCCGCCGCCGCGGCCGCCGCCUGGGCGGCUGCCGUCGACAAGGCGGCCGUGGCCGCCAGGGCUAGGGCUGCGGCCAGGGCUGCCAUGGAGUUCCUCGACUCCCUCUGCAUCGCUGGCGCGUCCAGAAAUGGGAUCCAGCUGCUCAAACCGAAAUCCAAGAAGAAACAUGUGCAGGUCAAGCUCCUGUACAGGCCGCCGUCAUCCAAUGGCCGGGCGAUCGAGGGCGCAGAAGAGGCUGUUGGUGGUGAUGUCACUCCCAGGCCACAUCGUCGACGCAGGGAGAGCGACGAGGAGGUCGCUCGCAAGCUGCACCGCGUGAUGAAUAGCUCGCCCCGGAUUUCCUUCACCGGACCCAAGAGACCCCGUGGCAUUGCCGAUGGGAAAGAUGGGUUCCAUAGUGAUGGGGGUGGGGUUGAUGCUUGCAAUGGUUCCUCGACGCACACGCCAACUGAGGUUAGUUUCGUUAAUGGAGGAGGCUCAGUAGGGAAAUCCGGUGAGAGAACUAUCCACUCUUCCAAGCUUAGGGCUCCGGACGCCGACGGUGAAGAGUAUCCUUGGAACACUGCAAAGAGUAGCAGGCACAUUGCUGACAAUGGAGAUGGAGUCGGAAACCUAAGCGCUGGUCGGAAAGUGAAGAUCAAGAGGAAGCAGCUGUUUCUGAACCACCAUUCUAACGGUGAACAGAGAGAAGAGGAUAAAGAAACAGAGCAAUCCAGAGAUCCUCCCAUAGGAUACUGCAAUGAGCUCAAGUCCAAUGGCGCAGAAAAGCGAUCUAGUUUUGCAGACGCAAUGGCAGUACCUGGGGGCGAUGAUCCUGCGCCGACCAAGAUCACGUCCGUGUGGAAGUUCAAGAAGUUCAAACCGGCGUCGUCGUCGCACUGCUCCUCCGACAGCAAGAUGUUGUGUUCCUCGAGUUCGGCGGCUGAAACCUCUGCUUCGGUGAAGGCUGAUUGAUUAGUGAGCCUCAGGUGGUUGAAGGCUAUCCGCAACGUCUGAAAUUCUGCUUUGUUGGCAAAGAUGAGGGCCUGCCGGACAGCGUGAGCUUCAGCCAUUUCUGGGCUUUGGAUAUGAUCAAACAAACAUCAAUUUGCUGCCAGUAACACCCCCUGAUGAUCGCACACCACAAUGCCACAGCCUGCUUGUCCUGAUCAUUGAUAUCGAUCGUAACAGGCCAUCGGGCGGCGGAGACCAUUUCUGAAUUGGCAUCUGGUGUCUCAUAUCUGUUGGAGCCUGUCGAGCUGACAUUAUGUAGAGUAAUGAAAUCAAUAUAAGCCUUGAUUUUCCCUGACCACACGAAGAGGAUGAGGCAGCGCCUUGGCAUUGCGAGAACAAUCUCUGUUCUCCCAUACAUGGCACAUAGCAACUGCCGCAGACAUGGAACGGACAGCCCAAACUUCAGUUGUCCAGUCCAGCAACCAUAUCUUGUGGCAUAUUCCAGCAACCAUAUCUUCAGUUCAGUAUGAGUGAAAUUAUUGAGCUUUAGGCAGAUUCCAUAUUCCUUCUUAAAUUCCUUCCAGAUUUAUAUUUCACAUGUUGGCAUUGCAGGAAAACUGCUCAAUAUUUCCCCCGGGUCGCAUAAAUAGCGACCAUAUCUUGUGGGAGUUGAGAUCCUGUAGGUAGGCAAUUGUGUGUGUUUUCUCCAGAGAACAAUCUUCAUCUUGUUUCGGCACUGGAUCGCCCAUAGUUUCUUCCAAGCCUUCUCCGUAGUUGAUAGAAUCUUGUUUUGGUGCAGAACCUGCAGCCGAAAAGCUUUGGUUGCUCCAAAAUUUUGUAGGUUCUUACCAAAUCACAUGCUGGUUGACAGUGUAUACACUGGUUCUGGAGUGAGCUAAGAUGGAAAAUGUUGGCACCC